CAACACCGCAGUUUCCAUCUCCUUCCAGAUCUGCCAUCUCCUGGGGGACUUCAGUGUCACACAAAUAACCUCCCAUUGCCAACACUCUGGCUUCCCAGUCCUUGACCUCCUCACCCACAGCAAUGUCCUCACCUAAGUCACCUGGGCUAACUCUUCCAGUGAACAAACGGCAGGGUCUAGUGGUUUUAAGGGACACUGUGAGGGCUGUUGUAAGGGAAAUGGAGGCUUCCUCUUGUAGCCCCUCCAAAGGUCCUGUGCCUCCCCCUGGUGUUGUCAACAUGCAGGAUAUUGGGAAGAGCUGCAGGUCACAAAGUCACCAUGUCAACCUUCCUGUCAACCAUAACAGGGAAUUCUGUCCCCAGGGUGGGGGAAGGGCCAGGCAGGUAGCUGGAGGCAAGUCUCCCAGAGCCAGCUGCUGACCCUAGUCCCUGUGAUCUGGGGAGGUACCUGGUGGAGGGCCAUAGUGUGCACUGGUGAAAGGGCAGGAGGAGGGAUGUGGCCCUGGGCAUAAGGGGAGGCGGCAGAGAAGGGGCCUGUGCUCAGCCUAUCUGGGCCCUGGCACGGGCACCCAAGAGUGAGGUGGGGUCACAGGGACGGCCAGAUAAUGGGGAGCCAUGGGUCCCGGGGGCCCUACUUCCUGGUCUUCCUGCUGCUGCUGCUGCUUCCUCCACCGCUUUUUAGAGCAGGAAGCCUUCGGUACCAUGGACCUGACUGGAGAAUCUUUCACCGCCUGGCCCUGGGCACCAGGAGGGCCCACCACCGCCAUGGCCCAGGAUGGAGACAGCACUGGCGCCAGGGGCAAGCAGGUCACAGAUGCCAGGGCUCAUUUGACCUCUACUUCAUCUUGGACAAGUCUGGCAGCGUGAACAAUAACUGGAUUGACCUUUAUAUGUGGGUGGAGGAAACAGUGGCGAGGUUCCAAAGCCCAAAUAUUCGGAUGUGCUUCAUCACCUACUCCACGGAUGGCGAGACUGUCUUGCCACUCACCUCAGACAAGAAUAGAAUAAAAAACGGUCUUGACCAGCUUCAGAAAAUUGUGCCUGACGGACACACAUUCAUGCAGGCAGGAUUUAGAAAGGCAAUUCAACAGAUCGAAAGUUUCAGCUCUGGAAACAAGGUUCCCAGCAUGAUUAUUGCUAUGACCGAUGGAGAACUGGUGGCACAUGCAUUUAAGGACACUCUCAGAGAAGCUCAAAAUGCUCGGAAACUGGGGGCCAACGUUUACACCCUGGGUGUGGCUGAUUAUAAUCUGGACCAGAUAACAGCAAUUGCAGACAGCCCUGGCCACGUGUUUGCAGUGGAGAAUGGCUUCAAGGCUCUGAGAAGCACCAUUGAUGCCCUCACAUCAAAGGUCUGUCUUGAUGUGACAUCAGUGGAGCCUUCCUCUGAGUGUGUAGGAGAACCCUGCCAUGUGAUUAUUCAUGGAAAUGGCUUUCAGAAUCUAAAGAAACAGGAUGAAGUUAUUUGCAGAUUUAUCUUCAAUGAAAGCACUAUCAUUGAUGAAAAGCCAACCAGUAUCGACAAUAAUUCCAUGAAUUGCCCUGGGCCAAAACUAGAAAAACCUGGAGAGGAGUACUCUAUUGAAGUCAGCUUGAACAAAGGCAAAACAUUCUUCAAGAGCAAUGUCAACAUCACCAGCACCACAUGCGGCAUUUUCCGCAACUGGCUCUAUUUUGUGCCGCUCCUGCUGCUUGUGCCACUGCUGCUGUGUUGUGUCUGGCGGCUGUGCCGCAAGAAGACUGUCAAGGAGCCACCACCUGUGCAGAAGCCAGAAAAGGAGCCAGAGCAGGAAAAACCACCAUCACCGCCACCAUCACCACCAUCAUCACCACCACCACCACCUCCACCUCCACCACCUCCGCCCCCGCCUCCACCCCCAGCUCCUGUAAACACCUGCCCCACUGUGAUUGUUUGUUGCUGUGGAUGCCAAGGAGUAUGCGGGAUGAGAAGGAGAGAGGGCAAUCUGGAUACCUUUUGUGACCUCUCUCACCCAAGCUGCCGCCAGGUGCCAUGGAUGUGGUGUCAGCACAGGGACCAGGGGAGGUACCUCAGCUUAGCCCUUGCACAGUCCCAAUAUGCACAGGCUCCCUGCUGCCCAAGGAUCUGCUUUCCACACAGCCAGGAGUGCCUUUCCCUACCACAGGCUCCCUGCAGCCCAAGGAUGUGCCUGAGACACAGCCAACACAGCAGGGAGUGCCUUGCCCGCAAACAGGCUCCCUGCAGCCCAAGGAUGUGCCUGAGACACAGCCCGGAGUACUUUUCCCAAGUACGGACUCUGUGCAACCCGAAGAGCUGCCUUCAACCCAGCCGGGAGUGCCUCCCCCUCACCUGCUCCUCCAGGUGCCGCCUCCCCCCUGCUAGGUGCUUGAGGCCUCCCUCCAGGAUGCUGCCGCUGCUGUCCCCACUGCUCAGGCACACUGCAGAACCCCCUUUGUCACUCCCCUCCUCAGAGCCCAACUUCUAAGGCACCAAACACCCAAGAUUAACAGGCUUUUGUUGCUGAACUGGA